AUGUCCUCCCAAACCGCCUUGUCCGCACGCAGUGCUUACCGCCAACUCCUCCGCGCUACCCGCAUUGCCUUCCGGGAUGAUGUCCGUGUCAUGAUUGCUGCCCGUCAAGAGGCUCGCCGGAAUUUCGACAGCCACCGCCGCGAAGGCAUUGAUACUCCGAUGCAGAUCAACCAUGCGCUCGAAGUGGCGAACAUUCUCAGACACAACAUUGUCCAGGGUGUACGGGAACAAGAUGAUGAGAAUGCCAAGUGGGAACUCCGCAUUCAUGAUGACAUCGAGCGCGGCGAUAACGACACCAUUAGAGUUAAGGGAAAGACUGUCAAGGUGGAUAAGGCAUGCUCGUCAUAGAGGGAGGGUCUCCCGUGUGGAAUCUGACUGUCUGGAAGCCUAUGCGUGGGUGAAAGGAUGACUGCAGACUAUGGCAUUUGCAGACUGUAUUAUAGUAUACCCAAACUUUUCUCUCUCCUUCCGGCGUCUUUGGGGGUAUUUUAUGGUUUAAUCAGAAUGUAGAAAAUAUACACAACGCCCGCUCGCGAACAUACAUAAG